AUGUCGACAGGAUUUCGACCGUCUCCGCCGCUCGCCAGCGACACUCUCGCUCACCUCCUCGCCAGCGGCGCCCUCAUAGAGACCCACCGCGCCGUGAAGACAUGCUCCUACCCAGCAUGCGGCGCAACAGACCCGACCAAAACCCUGGCAACUCUAUGCGGCCACGUCUUCCACCACGACUGUCUGACCAAGCACCUCGAGCGCAGCAACACCUGUCCGCACUGCCAGACACGCCUAAGCGCACCUACACAUCCAGCUUUAGCAUCAGAACCAGCUUCAGACUCCUCCUCCUCCGACGAGUGUGACUCAGAAGAAGACGCGUUCCUCCAUGCACGUCGCAAGGCGCGUCUCGAAACCAAGGAAAUACGCCACAGCCUGCGCAAACAUGCCAAAGACCAGAAGACCAGAAAGUCAAAAUCCGCGCGCAAAGCCCGCGUUGACGAGGCGCAGGAAGCUCUGCGGCUCGCGACUACGAGCUUGAACAAUGGAUCGAGACGCUUGCAUUUCGUCGCGGAGAGUAUGCAGCGGGCGGUGAGGGAGAUGGAUGAGGUUACGAGAGAGGUGCAGAUGGAGAAGGCGAGGAGGAGGGCGGCGAGGAAGAGAGAAGAGGAGAGGGUUGCGAGGGAGGGGAUUAUUGCGAAGAUUAGGAGUGGGAAGGGGGGAGGUGGAGGAGGUUGA